AUGCUAUCCACGGGCUGGAGUAAGCUCUCAGGAGCCUUCAGUGCAGUUCACGUGCUUCCCAAAAGGGAGAAGACGCCAGAACGAAUCCAGUUUUCAACCAAAUGGUUUCUCAGCUGUUUAGCUGUGUUUGUGAUCUUCAAUUUUGUCAGCAUCUUCCAGCAAACGACAUUUAUGUGCCAGCUUCCGGCAGUCAACCUUGUGCGAGUGCUUAACAAUGGAGACAAGUUUAUUGACUCAGGAAAGCUGUACUUCAAAGAGAACUACGAAGAGGUCAGAAAGGAGAAUAUUGAGCUGUACAACUCGCUAAGCAAGAUAUUUGAAAUGCAGAAGAACUCUUAUCUCAAAAGCUAUGAUGAGUAUGCACUGAUACUGAAUCCGCUUUUUAUUCUGGAUGAAGCCGAGGUCAGGAUCAAAUUCCAUCCGAUGAAGUACUACUUCAAAAAUAAGAGCUUUGAUUUCAAAAAGAGCACCAUUCCAAUAUUAGAGUUCAAACGUGUGUUCGGGCGCAAGCUGACGCCUCUUAGAGCCUUGCGCCGUCCCGCUAUGCCUUUUUCCUUUCGUCUCCAUGAGCACCACCAGGAUACUAACGAGUUUCUCCACAAAAUUGUCUAUCCCAUUUAUGAGUCAAGCGGUUAUGACAGGACCGAUUACAGCUUGGACUCCCUUUUGGACUACUCCUUUGUCCUCAAAUACAUCAAUUUCGGGGUGUUUCUGAUUUCGCUAAUAUUCUUCAUUGAAGCGCUCUCUGUUGUGGUGCCAUAUUCGCUCAAGUAUCAUCGAGUCUUCUCCAUUCCCAGGGUUAACCAGGCCCUGUUCGUGUUAGCGAUCAUUUGCUUUGUCAGCUGCUUUAUGCUGAUGUCUGUCAACAUUGUCCUUAAUCUGAUUCUGGUUGGCAAAGAAUCCAACGAACUUGGUGUCCUGAGCACGCUUAUGGGAUUUAUUCAGCUAUUUUGGCUUGUCUUUCUUGCGUUCCAAACCAAAAACUGGAUCUGGAAAGUGUACCUCGAGAACAAGUAUCCUUCAUCUGACACCUCCAAAGAAUUGGAGGCUCAAGGUGGGCGUCGGCACAGUCUUGGUGGGUUUGGAAUCAGACCAUUGAGCUUCGGAAGUAUCAAGAGACGUUUCACCUUGACUUUGAGCGCCACGGAAAGUCAAAAAGACUCUAGCGCUGGAGAAUUGGAUAAGCAGGACUUGGACAAGCUUUUAGGUCCUCACCUUUAUACUGAGAAUUUGCACGGCGAGUCCAGUGCAAAUAUUUUGGGCUCCGAAUUCAAUGCGAAACCGGGACGUUCGAUCCGCUCUAUACGUUCUGCGCGCUCACUCCGCUCUCUGGGAGCUGCUACGAUCAAUGAUCGAGAUCCAUUUACAACAGCUCUACAACACCAACCGGGAAGCCCCAAGCAGGAUGAUAACAGGAGUUUGAAAUCCUCGCGUAGCCGUCGUGCUAUGCUUUACAACGACGGCACCGAGGAGGCCAAAAAACUGGAUAAACCUGAGAAUACCACAGGCACGGAGAUCGUCAGGGUUUCAUCUAAUCCUCAAGGAGUUUUUGUUGAAGAGGUCGUAACCUGUUCCAAGGCUGUUGAGUCUGAACAAGAUGGAAACGAUUCUGGAUCUGAUAGCGAGGAGUCUUACGAUGCAGACUCUAGUGACUCAAGCCAGAAAGAUGAAGAACAAACCACUUCCAAACACUCGAACUCGAGUUUCAAAAAAGAGGCUGCUGCUCAACCUGAUGUGCCAGAGUCAAAGGAAGUUGACGAAUUGUUGGUCGAGAAUCGCGAUGCAGAGCGUUCAACGACGAGAAUUUCUACCGCAGCGUCUGAGAGUUUCGAACGUACUCAAGAAAAGGAGGAUGAUGGCGGAGAUAAUAGUACUUAG